CUUUUCGGCGAACAUCACCCUGAGGAGGAGGAAAAUUCAAAGUCGGCAAAGGAUGCUGAGAGCGAGGAGGAGGGGCAAGGUGAAGAUGCUGCAAUGACGAUGGAGGCGGAGGGAAACCGCGAGAGUGAUAAUUUUGUCUCGGAUCCGUUUGCCGAAGAAGUGAAAAUAUUCAUAGACGAGCGCUAUGCUUA